AUGGGAAGCUGUAAUUGUAUACCUAAAAAACAAAAUGAAUAAGAACUUGAAACAUAGAGAGGUCCAAAUGAUCAACAUAUGGUAGAAAAAGAAAAACAAACAGAAGAGAAAUCAUAUUGUCAUGGUUCAAUUGAUUUAGUUAUGUAGAGGAUAAUAAACCACUAAAUGAUGAAGCCUAAUAAUUAGUACAAAGUACGAAAGGAGUAAAUAAGAAAUUGCCACGGAUUAAUAUGAUCAAUGGAGGUUAUUAUGAAGGUGAAUGGUUGAAUAGUAUGAGACAUGGUUAAGGAAUUCAUGUAUAUAUUAUAAUUUUAUAUAAAUAAUAGUAUUGGGCUGAUGGAGGACAUUAUGAAGGAUAAUGGAAGAACGAUAAGGCUGAAGGUUAAGGGAAAUUAUGUAAAUGAUUUAAUAUAUACAGUGCAUUGUGAUGGAGAUAUAUAUGAAGGAUAAUGGGUAAAUGAUAUGGCAAAUGGAAAAGGAAUAUAUACACAUGCAGGAGGUGCACGUUAUGAAGGAGAUUGGCUUAAUGAUUAAUAACAUGGUUAUGGUAUUGAAGUAUGGCCAGAUGGAUCUAAAUAUGAAGUAUUAGAAAUCAAUUCAUUUUAGGGAAUGUAUACUUUUGGUAAAAAGAAUGGGAAAGGAAAGUUACAGUUUGCUGAUAAUAGUCUAUAUGAAGGAGAUUUCUUAGAUAAUGAAAUAAGUGGUCAUGGGAGAUAUGUUUGGAAUGAUGGUAAGACUUAUGUUGGAAAUUGGUUAAACAAUAAAAUGAAUGGAUAUGGUGAAACUGUAUGGCCUGAUGGAAAAAGUUAUAAAGGAUAUUAUUUAGACGAUAAGAAACAUGGUUAAGGUAUAUUCUCAUGGAAUAAUGGAAAAAGAUAUGAAGGAGAAUGGGCUAAUGGAAAAUAAAAUGGUAAAGGUGUUAUUGUCACUGAAACUGGAGAUAGAAAAGCUGGUAUCUGGGAAAAUGGUAGAAGAAUCAAAAUUGAAGGAGAAAAUGAUUAAACUGCUGAAAUAGAAACUUGA